ACACCAAGAGCACUGUGGAUUUAUGCUUUUACAGCUCACUGUGGUCCAGACUUUGAAAUCAAAGCAGCUGUGGAGCUCUAGGGGGGAUGCUCUAUACAGAGUUCAUUGAUAAGGCACUUAACUGGACAUGAGUGGGAUGGCAUCAGAUCACAACAAUUCUUCCCAGGAAGAAUACAUCCCACACUAUCUCCAAAAGGAAGACCCCUUUGCAUCAAAGCUCUCUAGAGAAGCUGACAUUGUAGCUGGCUUUUACUUGACAAUAAUUGGGAUCCUUUCAACUCUGGGAAAUGGGUAUGUUAUUUUUAUGUCCUCAAAACGAAAAAAGAAGCUGAGACCUGCUGAGAUAAUGACUGUUAAUUUAGCAGUGUGUGAUCUGGGCAUUUCAGUUGUAGGCAAACCCUUCAGCAUCAUCUCCUUCUUUUCCCACCGCUGGAUGUUUGGGUGGAUAGGCUGCCGCUGGUAUGGAUGGGCUGGUUUCUUCUUUGGCUGUGGAAGUCUCAUCACCAUGACAGCUGUCAGCCUGGACAGGUACCUGAAAAUCUGCCACUUGUCUUAUGGUACCUGGCUUAAGAGGCAUCAUGCAUUUAUCUGCCUGGCAAUAAUCUGGACCUAUGCUACAUUCUGGGCCACAGUGCCUUUUGCUGGGGUGGGGAGCUAUGCCCCCGAGCCCUUUGGGACCUCCUGCACUCUGGACUGGUGGCUGGCACAGGCUUCAGUGGCUGGACAGGCUUUUGUUCUGAGCAUCCUUUUCUUCUGCCUCCUGUUCCCAACUGCAGUGAUUGUGUUUUCCUAUGUCAAAAUAAUUUUAAAAGUCAAAUCAUCCACCAAAGAAGUCGCUCACUACGAUACCAGGAUUCAGAACAGCCACAUACUUGAAAUGAAGCUGACCAAGGUGGCAAUGUUGAUCUGCGCAGGGUUCCUCAUUGCCUGGAUCCCUUACGCCGUAGUCUCGGUCUGGUCAGCCUUUGGACGGCCCGAUUCGGUCCCCAUCCAGUUCUCGGUGAUACCAACGCUGCUCGCAAAGUCAGCAGCCAUGUACAACCCCAUCAUUUACCAGGUCAUUGAUUGCAAGUUUGCCUGCUGCCGCUCAGGAGGGCUGAAGGCCAAGAGCUCUUCAAAGAAAUUAAGGACAUACACGAUAUCUGCACACAGGGACUCCACAGCGGUGAAUGAAACCCAGCUGGAAGCAUGAGGGCUCAUCACACAUACAGCAAAUGAAAACCUGGUG